AUGAUUAAUGGUCCCGUGAUUGUUGAUAAGGAUAAUGAUGUGAAGAGAGCAGGAGGAGGAAAUGUAGACAGGAUUAGUGACUUACCUGAUUCAAUAUUAACUCACAUUCUGUCAUUCCUUCCUACAAAGGAAGCUGUUGGAACCUCUAUUUUAUCUACCAGGUGGAGAUAUCUUUUUGCUCUACUUUCUAAUCUCGACAGAGUCCUGUUUUUCCAUAACACGAGUGUCGAUAAAUUUCGUCUAAAAUGCGGGAAAACGGUUGAUUCUAGACGUGUUUGCGGUUGGAUAUCUGCUGCUCUUUGGCGUGGGGGUAUAAUUUUUCCGAAUCUAAAGACCCUUCAUCUCAGAUCAGUUGUAUUUUUUGGUGAUGAUUCAGUUGAAAGUCUUAUCUCCAGCUGCACUAGUCUUGAAGAUAUGGUCAUAGAGAAAUGCCACAUGUGGAAUAUAAGCAACUUUAAUAUCUCAUACCAUUUGCUCAGGAGAUUGACUAUACUUUACUCUGAAUUUAUUGUUUUCGACUUUUGGUUAAUAAUUGAUGCCCCAAAUCUAGCCUACUUUAAAUACAUCGACCAUGUAGUAGCGAGGUAUUCACUGGAGAAUCUGCAAACUCUUAUCAAAGCUGAUAUUGGUAUAUUCAAUAACAGUAAGCUUCUUUUAAGCUGUGAACCGCUUCCUGUUUUUGCUACCAUGAUGGAACUGAAGUUAGGUGAACUUUGGUCAAGUUUUAAAUGGGCUCAUUGGGAAACAAGACUUGAAACUUUACUGUCAAGUUCGCCUGAACUAGAACAACUUGACUUUGAUCAGGAAUUUCUCAGCUCUUUGCCUGAUAAAGGGAGCAUCCUUGCCCACCGUAUCAAUGGUGGGAAGCCAAGCACUGAUUAA